CCCCCCCCCCCCCCCCCCCUAUUCCGGCGACUUUACCUCCUGUCAUUGCUGCGAUGCCUCACGGCGAUAUUCCAAUGAGAUCCGCUGAAAACCCGGUCAGCGUCUGCUGUUGACCUGAUGUUCCAGGCGGGCUGGCGGGAACGCUGAUGUUGCCCACCCUCCCCAGUGCUAGUCAUUGCCUAUACGCAGAGGGAGGACGGUGUAGAGUGACCAGCCUCUGCUGGUAGCCAUGUCUUCCCCAAACCACGUUAACCUGUCACACGACAAGUAAGCCCAGGAGGACGGAGUCUGCGUGCCAUCCUGACUGUGAAGAUGGUGUUUAGUGGGACGUCCUUCGGUGAAGCCGGGCUCUCUGGUCCAAAAGGUGGACAGACGCGUGUCAUGCGGUGGCAAGCGGUCAGGCAACUUGUCAUCCGAUAAAAAUGUCACGAGACGUAGCGAAUGCUGCGCGCGCGACACCCGACAUAAGUCUGAAAUGCUGCGUGGGUGGAUGGUGACUUUGCCCUUGCACUUUAGCCAGCAAUCUCCUCCUCUGCUGAGCCGAAACGUACAGCGACUGUCCAACGAACAAGCAUCAUCGCCUAGGGUGCGCGCGCUCUUUUGUCGGCUGCGGGUGCAGCCGUUUUUGGCCUAGCAACCAUGCUAGUGAUCCUGACAGUUCGCAGGCGACGGCAUCCACGGCGUGUCUGACGGAGUGGGCGUAACACUGAUGACUUGCGAAGACGAAGAUGUGAUCACUGGAACAAGAAAUAUAUCGGCCUGACGUUUCGGAUUCCCACUCGGAUGCAUCGUCAGAGACGAUCGCAGACGAUCCGGUGGUGUCUUGUCAGUCCGCGUCUGGGUCGUUAAUUGCCGUGGCCGGGUCCUGUCGGAUGAGCCGCCACUUGAGAGUUAUCGUCCCCCCGACUCACUGCUGCUACUGCGUGCUCGGCAAUUCGCGUACGGAGUAAUCUCUCAGUUUCUCCGACGUAGUUGCUUCGUCCGCAACUGCACCAGAUCAGGUGAACGACUCCAGACGUUUCAUGUCGUGACAGUGGGUCUUUCGGCCUCAGAAGGCAGACUUGUACUGAUCAGACACGGAAAUGUGGAGCGCCCGCCCGUACUGCCGGUGGCCUCUUGCUACAUGCUUCCUACCUCGGUGCCCCUACCUUAACCCUAAUUCUGGCACUUAUCCGUCUGGCUCUUACCUUAGCACUAACGUUAAAAAGUUAACCCUAAUCCUCCUUACCCCAACCCUAGGUCUAACCCUCCCACCUGGAAUUUACGGCGGGGCCAUCCCUUAUACGAGGGAAGGGCGAUCCGCUUUACGGUACCUAACCCUUUGGUUCAUCAUCCCCCGCGUCCUCCCCUCAUCCACCUUGUCCCGACGGCAAACAAUUUCAGGACGAUCGGAGCUAAACAGCCCGUCUAUGCGUGCCACACACAAGCCCCUCAGUUCUGUUAUGGUGAAGGAUGCGCCAUUUGGCCGUGAGGAUUAGUUCUCCGGUGGUGACCUUACUCCUCUCGCACAUUCACCAGUCGACUGUUCGAGUCUGUCGACUAACUACUGCUGGGAUUAGGCACGUUGACUUAUGCGACGUGAGGGCCAACGACUAAGGCGUACCACUACAGACAUUUAGGGCAGUCGUUAUGGACUUGCGUGGACUCAGCACGGUCGGAUAAGCGCGCGCCGUUAGCCAUUUUGGCCAAACAUACUGCUCUGGUACCUGUACAGCGAAGCUCUUUGUGGGGCAACUCAGCAAUCCUUUUGUUUUAGGACGCGCCGAAGGCAGAGUUUUGUGCCAGUGAGGUGCCACUUCACUGGUUCAUUUUUAUUUACCUGGCCACAGGCUAGAUGGUGGAGGGGGCGCUCGCCGAUCCUGUUACGGAACUACUGAUCAGUUUGCGUCCUUCCGCCAUUGUAUAAUCUCGAUCGCAACCGACAGGACAACGAGCCGCUGGCUCAGUAAUUAGGGGCGUUGGACUUCUAACCAACAGGUUGCGGGAUCGAGCCCCAGGUAUUGCACAACUCGGGAUUGGGUAUGAGUAGCUGACGACGGCUAAUAAGCCAGAAAUGGCUAUUUUUAGUUCCCCGUUUUUUUUUUUAGUAAGAUUAAUCUGCUUGUGCCAUAGCUGUCGUUUUUGGGUUUUGAUUUCCAACGAAAAAUCGUACAUUUUCAUCUUACUUUGAUGUCUCAAUUUAAGUGGAAAGUCAACAAGGUACUGCCUGCCACGCUUUUAAUUUACCAUUGCCUAGUACGUCAACUCAGGACUCUUAAUUACACUUCGCAUAAUUCAUUAUAAGAGGUCAUCCUGUUUCUUGAAUGGUUCUCGCCUAUACUACUUAAUGUUCCACAGUAGUCGAACAAAAAUCGGUAGUCACCGAUGGUGUGAAAUGUUGACAACUCGAGCCCUGCCUUGUUUUUCGACGGCUAACCUAGUGAUAUAACAAUUGAAAUGCUGACAUGCUGCGCUAGGGACUGACCGCUUCCGACUUAUCGAGUCUCGUCAGCCAGCCACGACCCAGGUCAUUGGGUUAGCAAUGAGGCGAAACUCAUCCCCGCCCCCCACACUGUCAGCCACAAUCACACGCAUGCUCGUUUAACUGCCCUUCCCCUAGGAAAUGCGGUACUCAGCACUCCAUACAGGAGUUGGCCGAUGCCUACGAUUCGGCCGAACCCAGUCCCAUCCUCAAGCCCGGUGUCCACGACGCCCACUCCGCGGCCGGUCUCCUCAAGCUCUACCUCCGCGAGCUGCCUGAGCCCGUAAUACCCUUCCACUUCUACGACCGUCUGAAGGCCACCGGCUACCGUAUUGACGAUGGGCAGGAUCUGCAGCCCAUAAUUUCCAUCCUAGAGACCCUGCCAGCGCCCAACUACACUCUGCUGCAAUUCCUGUGCCAGUUCCUAUUUGAGGUAACUACUCCCCGGAGUCUAGUUUUUUUUUGUAUGAUGACAUGUACGAAGAAGGUUGGGCUAGAAGGCGGGGUCCUCCUUUCAACCGCCUACCAGAGACGUCAGGCCAGAGGCCAGAUCGCAGGCCUCUCGUUUUUUAUGGUAACAUCGAACUAAAACAAAUAAUUUCCAAACAGUAUGCAUCCUUCUGACUGUCGAGUUAGGGCAAAUCCGCAUUUUACCGAAGAUUUACAUCACCCGGAUAGGGUUAUCAAGUCGAAGGAGUGCGCGGCGAAUGUAUUUCAUUGCCCGGAAAGAGCCCGUGAUAGAUUCAUACCUCUCCAAAGCUACUGGGCAUUGUCUUGUGGAUGUAACGUCUAGAGUGGUAAGCGUGUGUACUCAGAGCUCCACAAUGGACCCAAUCUAGUUUUGGAGGAGAGGGAGAAAGACCAGAAAGAAUAUUAGAUGCUGAUGGCUGUCGGAGCCCCCAACCCGGGGCCGGCUCUAGGCCCGUGUGCUAGGGUGGCGUGGGCGUGAGUUAAUAAGCAUCACGUGAGAGUCAGUCACUGUUAUCUUGGACAGUUGAUUGGUUGCUAGUGCAGUUUGUGGACGCCUGUGGUUGGCUCUUCGCGGGGCUGAAUGUACUAAUGUUCUGACGCUUGGGAGUUGUGAUCACAUGACUCCUAGCACAGCGUGGGUGCCAGAGGCAGGAGGCUUACUUUCGUCUAGGUCGCUACAAAAAGGAUGCUCAGCGAUCAGGUUAGGGGACGUGUUUACCACGUUGUACCUUGGGUAUCGAUCCAGAGUCCCGGCUGGAAGUCGCAUUGCAACGAGUAAUUAUGCAAACACAAUUUCUGCACAGGAAAAGGAUAUUUUAUUGAAAGAAGUGGAUGAGCGAACAAAAUGCGCAAUGUUAAAGACGUCCAGCAAUUCUCGCAUCAGUUCCCGUUAUCAGAUUUCCUGAGAUAGGUCACGCGCUGUAUAAGCGCUCCUCCCCCCGUGGCACAGUUACUUGCUGUAUUAAAAUGGCAAGAAAGGUGAGACCCGUAAUAUUUGUAAAGUCAGCGUACUCGCAUCUACUAAAGUUGUUUUAGGAAGUUUACCCUAUGGUAUCAAUCAAGUGGGGCUGCAGAACCAGACCUCGCCGAUAAUUCCCAUCCAGAGUAUAAUUCUACCAGAUCCUCCUCUCUUUUAAAUGCCCUUUGCUAAUCAUAGAUAAUCAUAGAUGUGUCUAUGAAAUGGCUAGCAAAAACCGCUGACGUUAAGUAUUAGCUGACUUCGAAUUGCAGUUUUUUUCAGUUUAUCAGAACGUUUGAUAAGAAGCAGAUAUUUUUUUUUCGACCCGGUUGUGAAAACCUCGGCGGCCUUGGUGCGAUCCGAGCCCACGACAGGAAGGGCAAGGCUUGAGCACGGCCAGCGCUCUAACCCCCUGAGUUAUGGGGCCCCAACUGUAUGGACAGUCUGCGGGCUCUCUCAGAAUUGGUGGAUCCUAUAGGUUGCAGUAGGCUGGGCGGAUAACUGGACAUGAGUAUAAUAUUAAACCCACGACUCCCAGUGGGACUUGCCGUUGUGUGUUGCAGAAACAACGGUUUCUCCGGAAAAAAUCGAUUUUUCUUAUGAUUUUCCUACUGUUGACACCAUCCCGUCUUCAGACAAAACGACAACGGUGAAAGUAAGUCGUUCACACUAGACCAGUUGACUCGCAAGUACAGACACCGACAGGCAGGCCAUUAGCGUUGAGGGUAAUGUGGUCACAGGGUCAAGGCAGGUUCCUGAGCGCGGUUGGCAAUUGGGAGGAGAGCUACGGCUCCUUGUGGUGUAGGGGUAGGGAGGAUGGUAGGUAGGUGGAGCUGUGAGCGGCUGCAUUAUCGGUCGCUGUUGCGGCAUGCGGGCAGGGCUCAGUGAGCAAUUAUUGCGAGCCCUUCUAAUGGAUGUCUAGGCCAACAUGGCGGUUAGUACUGUCCGGAUAGGAGUACUAAGCCUCAAGGGAUCCUCUCGCCCGUUUUGUGUUGGCCAUGGUGACCAUCUCAGUCCAGUGGGCGGGUAACUGGACAUAAGUAUAAUAUUAAAUCCACAACUCCCGGUGGGGCUCAGAUGGUUAGAACGUUGGCUUACUCAAGCCUUGGGCUUGCUGUUGUGAGUUCGAGUCUCACCGUGGUCGCCGAUUUUUCACAAUUACUGUAGCUGGGCUAACUCAUGAACUGUCAACCAAAUUCCGAAAUGCGUUUUUGUUUCGAAAGGAUUAAUUAAGAAGGGUUGUGAAACUAAUCAGUCUGCAGUAUUCUAUAUUUCUAUAAUACUUCAGUAACCUCAGGAUGUCGGCUUUCGAACCAACGUCCGGCUGCAUACAAAAAGCUAUACUCUGUAAAAAAUGACAACUUAAGUAGCAUGCAUUUUUUCUUUGAUUUUCGAUGCCUCUAAAAGUCAAAUUAUAUUUCGUGGAAAACAUGCAUACAAAUAUUCAUUCUUUUGCUCGUUCGGUAGAAAAUUACGGCCUCUUCUAGUUUGAUACUCACGGGAGGGACAUAAUUCGGCUUUAAAAAAGUUUCUAAUUGUGGGACUUUUAAAUACCGUAAAUCGUCAUGUCUCUGCAUUUACCAAUGUGGCUUGUAAAGUUAACAAUAUGGAUCAAAUCCACUGCUAAAUUUUAUGAACCCUAUAUGGUCCCCCUUGAUUACCGUAGAGAACUGUGUGUUUUUCUGUACGCGGAAAAUAUACGGCUUGAAGUUUGGAAACACUGAAUGCAAGUGUAACGGCAGGUCAGGUUCGAAAUUAUUCAGGAAUUGAAAAGUUUCUGAAAACCGAAUUAUACUCUUCUUUCGAGUAUGAGAUUGGAAGAAGACGUAAUUGUCUACCGAAUGAGCAAAAGAAUAAAUGUUUUUAUGCUUGUUUUCCAUGAAGUAUGAUUGAACUUUUAAAGGCAUCGAAAAUCAAUGAGAAAAAUUCAUGCUACUUAAGUAGCCACUUUUACCGAGUGUAGCUUUUACAUACAGCCGAAAGGAAGUUCAUUCGAAAGCCGGCAUCCUGUGAUGACUGAAUUAUUAUGGAAUUAUGUUGUAGACUGACUAGUUUUACAGCCCUACUUAAUUAAUCUUUUCUAAACGAAGACGCAUUCCGGAAUUUCGGUUGACAUUUAAUGAGUUAGCCCACCUACUAAAGUUCCAGUGAAUUAUUCAAAUCAGCCAAAAACCAAUUAAGUAAGCUAAUAGUUUUCUUUGAAAAACGAACUGGAAGUAUGCACAGAGUCAGAAGAAUACCGAAGCAAACGCAACGCUUCCCCCUGAAACUCGGGUUGUGCUGUUCACCUUGACCCUGAGCGAUGGGUAGACGUCCCUUAGAUGCACCUUCUGCUCUGAAGUUCCUUAGCAAGACCCCCGAAACCAGAGUAGCAAUAGGUAUCUGGCACCAGCGAAUUUACUCCAAACAUAAUUUCCGCAUCCUUCUGUAUCUCGCGACGCAGUUUGCAUGUAUGGCCUCCCUCCCGUUAAUAAAUUCAGUUUGCGCCGUAGACCCUAACGACUAGCUGAUCUUUCCUAUUGUCUCGCUCGUCAAGACUCACGCUACGCUCGGACCUUUUCAUCGGUGUUCUGCAGGACGCGAAAUAUUGGCAAACCAGAAAAAAGUAAACCGAAGGAAAGUUAUUCUGUUUCUCCUGCUUUUUGUAUAGGCUGGGGUCAUGCUCAAAAAAGUCGCAGACCUUGGAGCCUAUAGCGCGAUUCUCGCACCAAUCGACUUGCUCCGUUUCUGA